GGAGGUGGGUGAGAAAAAUCUUAACAUCCGUAAACAAAGACUUCGUAAAAUGUCGGAUUAAACGGAAUAUCAGUGCUGCACAAAAACACUGUCUGUUAAACCGAAACCGCAUAUCUCUACGGAAAGUGUCUGCGGUGAAUGUUAACAGAACUCAUUCGGACAUACAUGAGGGACUUUUGUUUUGAACAUAAUCUGACCCGGACAUCUUCACCUCAGACUGCCAACAUCACAGCACACAGCUGGCGUUAGCGGCGAAGCCAGCAGUGAGCAGAUAACCCAUUACUGUGGACUGUAGACUUUCAGCUGCUUCGCGGGGCGCCAGCAUGUAAAAGUUACCUCGGACUGCAUAAUGUCGUUAUAAUCGCAGUCGAUCAGAGCCGAGAACUGACUGAUGAAACGCGUCUCUCGCCAGCCAGCUGAUCUGACUUAUCCUUGUUAGCUAGGUGGUCCUAAAUUAGAGCGGAGGUUUCUGCCACUGUGGCAGGACCUGGAAUCGAGCAUCGGAGAGACGCGGUUGUGCAGCCGGGUUCAAUGUGCCGAAAGCCAAGACCUGGCUUUAGUGGAGCCCAGCGAGGAAUAUUAAUGUCUUCUUUGUCUUUUCAUGAAGCCGUUUCGUCUCUGAGCUAUAGACGACACCUAGCUGACGUUACCUUAAGCUUGAUAACAGGCAAACGCUUCUUCUUGCGUUGCUAACCAGGCUAACCGGGCAUAUCGAAUAACUGCCGCCGAUUUUUUGAUCAGUCGUCAGUUUGUUUACCUUGAGGCGUUGCUGUAAUUAGUAGCACACACUACCAGUCGCAAUCCUAAUUUACGUAUCUUGUCAAUUAUAUGCUCUUGUUUUACUGUCGAGCUUUGUGCUGUUAUAAAUAAGACACCGAAGUUAGCUACAGCUAGGUUAGCUAGCCUUGUAUUGGCAUUAGCAUUAGCAGGCGUGUGUAAGCCAGUUUGUAGUUAGCUAGCAAGCAAGCAAGCCAGCGUUUGAAAUGGACGACUUCAGCUCGAUAUGUCUCCUUUCUCUGGCUAUGUUAGUGGGCUGUUAUGUUGCUGGAACCAUUCCGCUGGCUGUCAACUUCUCAGAGGAAAAACUGAAACUGGUGACUGUAUUAGGGGCAGGUCUGUUAUGUGGUACUGCUUUGGCUGUAAUUAUUCCUGAGGGAGUCCAUGCGCUGUAUGAGGAGGUUUUGGAAGCUGGGCAUGCUCAUGGCCAUGCUGAGGUGUCUGUGCCUGAGCAGAAAGUCGCUGAAGGAGUGGUAGGACCCAGUGGUGAACAUGCCCACAGUCAUGAGCAGCUCCAUGCCUACAUAGGCAUCUCUCUGGUACUGGGUUUUGUCUUCAUGCUGCUGGUGGACCAGAUUGGCAGCUCCCACAUGCACAACAGUGAUGAUCCAGAAGCAGCGAGGGCCGCUAGCUCUAAAGUCACCACUACUCUUGGUUUGGUCGUCCAUGCUGCAGCCGAUGGUGUGGCACUUGGAGCAGCAGCUUCUACCUCUCAAACUAGUGUCCAGCUCAUUGUAUUUGUGGCCAUCAUGCUUCAUAAGGCUCCUGCUGCUUUCGGCCUGGUCUCGUUUCUCAUGCAUGCUGGUUUAGAGAGGAACAGAAUACGCAAACACCUGUUGGUCUUCGCCUUGGCCGCCCCUGCUCUGGCUAUGCUCACCUUUCUAGGCCUCAGCCAGAGCAGUAAGGAGGCACUGUCUGAUGUUAACGCCACUGGAGUGGCCAUGCUCUUCUCUGCUGGCACGUUCCUGUAUGUAGCCACCGUGCACGUCCUCCCUGAGGUGGGGGGCACAGGAGGCCACAGCCACUCACCUGGAGGCAGCGGUGGGAAAGGACUGAGCAAAGUGGAAGUGCUGGCACUGGUUUUGGGCUGCCUCAUCCCACUGGUGCUCUCCAUUGGCCACCAGCACUAGAGUGGCUAGUAGUGGAAAACUGUUGACAGCAAACAUGAGACCUUUAGCAAUGGUGGCCAAACACCUCAUGUCACAGGUUUGAAUUAUGUUUGUCUGUUUAACCAAAUUGGAGGUUAGAAGGGAUUUGAAUAGAUUCAACUCGGCGUGCCUCUCAGUGGGAACCGAAUCUGUGGCAUGGCAGUGGACUUAUGGAAGAGGGCGGGACAACAGUGUGAAUACAUGACCAUAACCCCUUCCUCUCUUCCUCAGAGUACUGUAUGCCAACAGCUGGCAUUAACCAUACACAAGUGAAUGCCAUUGUGGGUUCAUGUUGGGUUUUGUGUGUUUUUUUUUUUUUUUCCCUUCUUAAACCUCUUCUAGAUAUCUUUCAACUGUACUAUGGUUUAUGUUUUAAGCCAGGCAGUGGUUAGUUCCCAGUAUGUACUCUGGAAAUGGGUUUUCAUCAGUUUCUCUUUAACAACAAAUGUAUCAAAUUAACUAAAACCAUCACUGUUUGAAUUUUUGAAAUGAGGGACAGAUAUAAAGAUCUGCGCAGACAUUUUGACUCACACGAUGAAAACUUUUUAAUCAUGGCAAUGCAGUUUUCAUAGCUUAAUAGUUUCUUUUAUACAUUUCUGAGCACGUAACAGUAUGCAUAAGAUGAAUAACAGUAUGUCUGUUAUUCCAGCAUGCUUUAUAGUAUUAGUCGUCUGAGUCUAAAAUAAGACUUCACAUCUGGACAGUAACCUGUAGACAUAAGUGCAACAAUAUUGCCUUGUCAACAUGCCGCUUGUGGUUGGUAUUUAUUUUCUGUGCUAUUACUUUUUUCUGAUCUUCUUGAUUUGUCAAGCAAGCUGCCAGUCAAGAAGAUCACAAGUUUUGAUUGGAGGCCAUCUUGAAUGAAAAGACUUGAGAAGAAUAUUAGCUUUGGUCCCAAAAAGGCAUCCGUUCAUGAACCUGAUUCUUUUAUGAUCUGAUUUCAUGUGUGCCCACUUAACGUACUCAACUUUCUUACUGCCAAACAAGAUUUUCUUUCUUUAAUUCUUUAAUUUUUAAAUAUGUAUAGGUACUAGUGAGACAAAAAUGGUGUCUAUUUUUUUGGUGGUGAUAACUGAAAUGAUGUAAUUGUCUUUUAUACUCAUGUGGGACCACAGGUCAUGUUUUCAUGUUAAGUAGAUGAUGACUGUAGGAUGGAGAGUAUGUUUCUAGCAUAUAUCUAGGAUAUUUUACAUUCCUUAGAAAAUGCCAGGGACAUGGAGAGAACCCGGAGCAACUUCUAAGUGGCCAGGAUGCGUGUUUGUUUCCCAAAUUGUCUGGAAACUAUUUUAAGAACAAUUUAAAUUCUGAAGCUAGUUGACUUGAAAGAAGUGCUCAAGCUUCUUCUCCUUUGCGCUUGCUACCUGUCACUCUCACACCGGUUUAGCUGCUCAUCUCUUUCUGAAGCAUCUCUGCGCUCCGUUCCUGUGGUCAGGGCGUGCAGUGUUUUCAGUGUAACUAUUGUGGUGCCUGCCCAAAGCAGAGCUUGUGUAUAUAGUGUAUUCUGUACAAAUCACAAUCAACUGGGCUUAAUGGAAACUUCGCUUUACUUUUAGGCAUCCUGUAUUGAGUUUUUACUCAGUCUUUUAGUACAGUUUAGAAUGCCAAUGUGGAAAAAAGGCAAGGGUGUGGGGUUGGUUCAAACAGUGGGUAGGGAAUGUAAUAAAUAUUUUACAAGAAUCACA